GUUUCUGCGGUCAGGGUGUAUCUCCCCUCCAAGUCGACCGGAUGAUGAGCUGAGCUGCGAUUAAGAAAUCAAAAUCUCCAGGAGGGAAAGUACGCACCAGAUCGCGAGUGCGCGUGAGGUGAUCGUCUCGGUCGGACGCGCUGGGAAGCGGGGCUGAAGUGAGCCAGCAGGACCCUGCCUGUUGAUGUUGGCCACCAGAUGACCAACUUUGGAAAAAGUUGAUCUACGCGGUUGUUGAUUGCAGCUUUUCGGCUCCGAAUCGUCGAACAACACCAUGGCUGUGUGGCUGCCCUCCUCCAGUCCUCUGCUGCUUCUCGUUACUCUCGCCCUGAUGUGGACAUCCACUGCAUUUCUCAUUGACGGGGACGACGCAUCAACGGCUCCCGCCGGGCCUCACUUCAUAGACUGCUCUUCAAGGGACCAGGCGACAUUCCGCUGUAGGUGGAGUCCAGGCACUUUCCACAAUCUGUCCUCCCCCGGAGCGCUCAGGGUCUUCUACCUGAAGAAAGAGAAACCCACCAGUGAAUGGAGGGAGUGUCCAGAGUAUAACUAUUCAACCAGAGAGUGCUUUUUUGACCAAAAUUACACAUCUAUUUGGAUCACCUACUGCGUGCAGCUUCGCAGUCAAGACAACGUCACCUAUUUCAAUGAAGACGACUGCUUCGUUGUGGAGAACAUUGUUCGCCCCGAUCCGCCGGUCUCCCUAAACUGGACCCUGUUGAAUUUAAGCCCUUCUGGGCUAAGUUAUGAUGUCAUGGUCAACUGGGAGCCCCCACCCUCCGCAGAUGUCCCGUUGGGCUGGAUGCGGGUUGAAUAUGAGAUGCAGUACAGAGAGAAAAACACCACAAACUGGGAAGCGUUGGAGAUUCAGCCGCAUACGAGGCAGACGAUCUACGGUCUGCAUAUUGGAAAGGAGUAUGAAGUUCACAUUCGCUCAAAGAUGCCGGGCUUCACUAAGUUUGGCGAGUUCAGCGAGUCGAUCUUCGUUCAGAUGGAGGAGAUCGUGCCCUUAGAAUCCUCAGCCUCGCUCACGCUCGUUCUUAUUUUUGGGAUUGUGAGCAUCCUCAUAUUGAUCUUGCUGGUCGUCAUCUCUCAGCAGCAGAGAUUAAUGAUGGCAAUGUUGCCUCCAGUUCCUGCGCCCAAAAUAAAAGGCAUCGAUUCUGAGCUGCUCAAGAAGGGAAAGCUAGACGAGUUGAAUUUCAUCCUGAGUGGCGGAGGGGUCGGCGGCCUCCCCCAUUACGCCCCGGAUUUCUACCAAGAUGAGCCGUGGGUGGAGUUUAUCGAGGUGGAUGCGGAGGAUGCAGACGGUGGGGAGAAAGAAGAUAACCAGGGAUCGGACACACAGAGGCUUCUCAGCCUGCCCCAGCCCGUGAGCCAUCACUCGAACAAAGGCUGUUCUAAAGCUGUCAGCUACCCUGACGAAGACUCAGGCCUGGCCAGCUGUUAUGACCCGGCCCUGUCUGAACAAGCCUCACUAAUUCUGAUGGCCACCCUUCUGCCGGGCCAAGCAGAAGACGAAGAAGGCUCCAUCGAUUUUGUCGAAGCGGCCCCAGCCACGGAGAGAGGCGAAGGGGCUUUUGUCCAAGCCCACGGUGGAGCGCAGCAGACUUGGGUCAACACAGAUUUUUAUGCUCAGGUUAGCAACGUCAUGCCAUCCGGGGGUGUGGUGUUGUCUCCGGGCCAGCAGCUUAAAAUACAAGAAAGCGCCGCGAAUACGGAGGAAAAAGCGCAAAAGAAGGGAAAAGGGGGUGAAGACGACAACGACACGAGAGAGAGGAAGCAGAAAGAGCUGCAGUUUCAGUUGGUAGUAGUGGAUCCAGAGGGAAGCGGCUACACCACAGAGAGUAACAUCCAGCCGAUCAGCACUCCGCCGAGCUCCCACGUGCCUGGAGAGGGAUACCAAACUAUACACCCUCAGCCGGCGGAGGCCAGGCCUGCAGCCACAGCAGAGGAAAAUCAGUCACCCUACAUUCUUCCCGACUCUCCAGAAUCCCAGUUCUUUGCCCCUGUUGCAGACUACACAGUUGUGCAGGAGCUGGACAGCCAUAGUCUGCUCCUGAAUCCGCCUCCCCACCAGUCGCCCCCUCCCUGCAUGCCACAGCACCCUCUGAAAUCCCCCAUGCCCGUAGGUUAUAUCACCCCAGACCUGCUGGGGAACCUCUCCCCGUGAAAAUGACAAUGACACUCAAUCUUUUAUAUAUGGGGCCGAUUAAUCAAUAAAUCCCCUGCAGUCACACUACCUGAUUCCUGCUGGAAACCAAAAAAAUAAAGACACAGCACUCUGGGUGGGCGAGUGUGUACAAGGAUCUGUUUCCACGGGAUGCUGAAAUGAGCAGCUUCUGCUUUAUCAAUUCAUGUGAUGCACAGGUUGCGAGAUGUAAACGUCACAAACUAAACAUCCAGUUUGCUCUUUUUGUCUACAUCCGUGCAUCCAUGCCUGACUGUAAUGAGUCAAAAAAGAAAGAAAGCAGCUUCGUGUCAGUGCUGACCUUUGCAUUGCAUCUCUGACUGGUUGACACGGUCAGAGUCCUAAUCUUGCAGAGCGAUGUCGAAGAUCAUUGAGGGGAAGAUGAGCACACUAUAGUCAUGCUACUUUAAGAUUCUUGAGAUUCUUAUCUUACUCACUUCGUCAUUUUGUAUUAGUUCUUCUGCAGAGAUAUAUUUUUUUACAAAAGAAGAAAAAAAAAAAGCAGAACACGGUGUUAAACAUAGCUAUGCAGAUUUAACUUGCAUUCCUGGCCUCAAUGUCUCAACUAAAGCAUUUCAUAUUUUUGAUAAAUAAAUGGCCAAACUUUGAAUAAAUCACAUGGAGAAGAGUCCCUAAGGAUAUUAACAUUACUCUGUUUUUUUUCCCAUGUUGGUAAUGUUGAAAGGCACUCUGGAAAAUGAAGGACAUCAUAAAGUAAAGAUGGAUAAAAGGGAAAAACAAACUGUGGAUCACAGCAAAAUAAUCAAACAAUUUAGAUUGAAACCUUCAGUUCAUUAAAUUAUAGCCUCUUUUUCUCAUCAUCACUGCGAACGUAAAGUUGAUUUAACCACUGAAAUGUGACUCCUGGAGUAAGAGGAGGAAGUCCUUUACUCACGGCUGCGAGCCGCUCAGUCGAACGUGUAGCACCGGCAAGUGCCUUGCUGAAGGGUACUUAAAUAGGGUUGAUUUAGGAGACAGAAAGGGAAUCAUGCACACAUCACGGUAUUCAGAUAAAUAAGAUGUUCCAUCCUUUAUCAGCGGCCACAUUUAGCCUUCGCUCUCACCCACAAUCUGCUCAGAAACCUGAAGCUUUAAAGGGCACUGUGUGAAAUGGAAGUCAUGCCUCUCGAGCACACUGGGUGGCAGCGUUGAGUCGCUAUGUGAUCCCUCACUUGGCUCCGACUGUGUUGUUUUAGUGAGUAGCUGCAGUGGUCCAAUGGGUAAAAGGUACUUUAUCAUGAACACCACUCUGUAAUUACCAAGAACUUCAGCCAGUGUUGUAUGAACUCUUCUUCCAGCUGCUUCUCUGGGUGACUUAACACACCACGGUGUGGCGCAACGCCGCGUUAUAAACACUAAAUGAGUUGGGUCAACUUGGAAAUCUUUCUGACUUUGGUAGAUAUACCAGCGACAAGCCACAAAAAUCAUCUUGGAGGUGGUCUCAGGACUGUUGUGUCUCAUUUGGCUCAUAAAAUUACAUUAAGCUUCAUUAUUACACGUUGUACCAAUGACAUUGAGCUUUCUCCGUGGGGGCUUGGCUUUCCACAUACAGUAAUGAUAUUGCAGGGACAGUAACUGGAUUAAGCUGAAAGACUGUGAAAGUAGUGUAAUCGAUGGAAUCAGCUUACACUUUAUACGUCUUACUUGCCAAGUACAUUGUGCGAACUACAUGUGCCUAUGACAGUGUUAUUGGCUUGCCUUUUCCGUGCUGCGGUACUAUACUUACGUGAAUAGAAAUGGAUCAUUUAUGUAUUGCUAAGUAGAAACAGGUUCUGCUGUGUGUACAAAGAGUAAUGGAAUCUUCUGUGUGCACAGAUUUAACACUAAAAUAUGCACAAGGAUUGACACAGUAACACGCAUGCAUGCACACAUGAACACAUUUAAUAAAAAAAAAAAAAGCCUUAAUAUUGCCUUCUCAUAACAUGAUGAGCUGAAAGUUAUUUUCUUUUAAGUAAAUAUUUCUUAUCGAACUGAACACAGACCAAAACUUUUUUUUUUAGUGGUCAGUGCAAGUAUUAACAUUUAGUUCCAAUUUGUGCUAUAAAAUAAAGCUACUCAUACAUUUACAUUGAUCUGUGUUGAGUGUACAUCUGAUUCUUAAGAGAAACAUUAAAAAAUUUUAAAAAUAAAAUAAACAGAAUGGUGAAUAUGUGCAUAAUAGGGCAUGAUAUUGUGUUUCUGUCCACUUUUGUAAAAUAGCCACAUUUAGGGCAUUUUUUUAGGGAAGAAGCAGGCUUAAUUGUUUAGCAGCAUUAGCACAUAGUUUAAAAUGAUCAUUGUUUGAUUUCAAAUGUAAAAUUUUAAAUAUUUGUCCUAUUACUGUGUGUUUGGUUCGUCACGUGUGUUUUAUUCUAAGAAUAUUAUUGCAAAGACUUGACAACAUGCCUGUCACACACACGACAGCAUGGCAUACUGUGUAAAAAAAAAA